CGCCCGGGGCCCGGGACGGUGGCGGGCGCGGGGCUGUAACGCAGCACUAGGAAGGAGGGGGCGGGGCCCGGCCGGGGGAGCCCGGGGCCGCCGCCGCCGCCAUGGCCGGGGUGUUUGACAUCGACCUGGAGACCGAGGAGGGGAGCGACGGGGACGAGCCCGAGCUGGGGGCGGAGAUGGAUUUGGAGCUGCGGGGGAAUGGCCUGGAGCCGGUGGGGCACUAUGAGGAGAUCGAGAUCUCAGAGAGCAGCGUCAACAAUGGCCCUGAGCGCAUCGGGCCCCACUGUUUCGAGCUGCUGCGCGUCCUAGGCAAGGGUGGCUACGGCAAGGUGUUCCAGGUACGGAAGGUGCAGGGGACCAACGCUGGGAAGAUCUUUGCCAUGAAAGUCCUGAAGAAGGCCAAAAUCGCCUGCAACGCCAAGGACACGGCUCACACCAAGGCUGAGAGGAACAUCCUGGAGGCCAUCAAACACCCCUUCAUCGUGGACCUGAUCUACGCUUUCCAGACGGGUGGCAAGCUCUACCUCAUCCUUGAGUGCUUGAGUGGUGGCGAGCUCUUCAUGCAGCUGGAGCGUGAGGGCAUUUUCCUGGAGGACACAGCAUGCUUCUACCUGAGCGAGAUCACGCUGGCCCUGGGCCACCUGCACUGCAACGGCAUCAUCUACCGGGACCUGAAGCCGGAGAACAUCAUGUUGAACAGCCAAGGACACAUCAAGCUGACGGACUUCGGACUGUGCAAGGAGUCGAUCCAUGAGGGAGCCGUCACCCACACCUUCUGUGGGACCAUUGAGUACAUGGCUCCAGAGAUCCUGAUGCGGAGCGGACACAACCGGGCCGUGGACUGGUGGAGCCUCGGGGCCUUGAUGUACGACAUGCUCACUGGAUCGCCGCCCUUCACAGCUGAGAACCGGAAAAAAACCAUCGACAAGAUCCUCAAGGGGAAGUUGGUGCUGCCACCUUACCUGACCCCUGAUGCCCGGGAUCUACUCAAGAAGUUCCUCAAAAGAAACCCCAGCCAGAGGAUUGGAGGCGGGACGGGCGAUGCAGCUGAUGUGCAGAAGCAGCCAUUUUUCCGCCAAGUCAACUGGGAUGAACUGCUGGCGCGCAAGCUGGACCCACCCUUCAGGCCUUGCCUGCAAUCGGAUGAUGACGUCAGCCAGUUUGACACCCGCUUCACUCGUCAGACGCCCGUGGACAGCCCUGAUGAUGCCUCCAUUAGUGAGAGUGCCAACCAGGCCUUCCUGGGCUUCACGUAUGUGGCCCCGUCGGUGCUGGAGAGCAUUAAGGAGGGCUUCUCCUUCCAGCCAAAGGUGCGCUCCCCUCGCCGCCUCAAUAGCAGCCCCAGAACGCCCGUCAGCCCGUUGAAGUUCUCUCCCUUCGAGGCCUUCAAGCCCAGCCUGGCGGUGGAGCCAAUGGAGCUAGGGCUGCCGCUGCUGCCGCCCCAACCAGAGGGCACGGCCCCCCUGCCCAUCAAGACGCCGACAGGCACCAAGAAGCAGAAGGGGGGCCGGGGCCGGGUGGCAAGCACCUGGAAGAUCAUUUGGAAAGCAAAGUCUUUGAAAUGGGGAGAUUGGUCCCAGGCUGGGAAGCAAAUUCCCCCAGUGUAAUAAGAACCAUAAACUGCCUGAAACAUCCAGUGGGGUGAGAAACUGCUUGAUUCAAAUCUUGCUUUAGUCUGUAGAAUUUAGACUGCGAGUUUUUUUAUUUCUUACAUAACUAACUUUGAUUUCUAUGUCUGCUUCUUAUAAUCACUUAAAUGUUAUCUUUCUGUAGUAAAUAAAUUGUUUUAGAUUUUUCCUAAAACUGUUUUCGGCUGAAGUGCUGGGGAAAUCUCAGGUUAACAAGGGCUGGUGCAUUCCUUCAUUGGAAUGGCAAACUAAUUAAUGGGCUUGCACUGUCCAAGGAAGUCUUGAGCUUGUAAGAUGCUAUAUUUCUGGGGUGCAAGCUGAGGCCUAGGGUGAUUUGUACAAUUCAUGAGUGACUUAGCAUUCAUGCAGUUUAGCUGGAUGUAGGUCUCCACGUGCUGUUGGCUGAGUGAUCACAGUAGCUGGAGGAGUUUGCUGCUUGUCACUGUCAUAGCCUUGUGAGAAACAGCCUAUGUUAUAGAGUUAAGGGGGCACAGUGGUCCGAAAGUUCCAGGUUGUACCCCAGGAAUACUGUCUCAGUGGCACAAUGAGCAGGAUGAAAUGCACAGCUUGUUCUGACCGAGAUUUGCAAUUCUUACACUGGUGUAGAGAUUUUAAGUGGGCUGCCUCAAUGCAGUCAAGAAAGAAUUACAAUUUUAUUAUUUUGUGUUUGCAUAUUUUGGGAAAGGGAAACAGGAGGAGAAAGGCAUAAGAAUGAGUGAGUGACACAGUUGCCAGGUUAAUGCUGUACAGACUGCAGGUAGCAGAAAAAGAGAGAAACUGAGCAUCAGCUGAAAAUGAAAGAACCGGAGCUAAAAGAGAGGGGGAAAAAGGCUGCCAGAGAGGAGACAGCACAUCAAGUGACGAGCUGAAAACCAAGAAGGCUGAGGAAGGAGAGAGAUUGAAAACACCAACUGGACUUACUAGAAAAGCAAAACCAGAACCAUCUCACCCCACUGAUUCCUCUCUCUCCAAAAAUCUAUAACCAGGAGCAGUUAUGUUCUGCACAUAAGGAGAUGGGUAUAUCAGAAUAUUUUACUACGUUUGAGAGGCUGUGUGCAGCUCAUGUGAUUCCUGAUGACAAGAAAGUCCCCAACCUGAUUGCAAAGUUAGCUGGUAAAGCUCUUAAUGUACUCCAAUGAAAUGCCAAUUCAGGAUGCUUUAGGUUACUGUAAAUUAAAACAAAAAAAAAACCCUGUUUGAAAUUAUUUUAGAUUACCCCUUAAACACAGAGGGUGACAUUUAGAAAUUGUAAGAGCAAUGCUGAUAUGAGUAAUGGGGAAUAUGUAAACAGGAUGAAAGAUCUAAUGGGAAAAUGGGUGAGGGAGAAAGGUGUUGAAAGUUUUGAACAAAUGUUUGACCUUGUUGCUCAGUAUAUAAAGAUGAUGUAAAACAGUGUCUAUGGAAUAAAAAUGUAAAAACUGUA